CUAGUCAAAGUCAUCAGAUCCUUUUUCCACUUUCUAUACACCGAACGUUAUAAAUUCAAGUUAACUUUUAGUACAGCAUCAUGGCCUUCCGCGUCGCCACUCUCUGCUGCUUCCUCUUGCUCGUUGCGCUGGCAACGAGUGCCAAGAUUCCGCCUAAGAAGGAGCAUCACCAGCGGCCCUCUAGCGUUGAGGAGAGCAACGAAUCGUCCAGCAGCGAAAAAGAUUCGAGCGAAGAAGUUGUACCACCAAUCAUCCCGGAGACAACCACAACAACAGAAGCCCCGACGACCACCGAAGAGAUUACCACCACUACCACCACUGCUGCCCCGACCACUGAAGAGAUUACUACCCCAGCUCCCGCUCCAGUGGAUCCUCUGACGAGUUACUGCAAAUCUUUGGCGAACGGCAAUUACCUCAAUCCGUAUGAUUGCAAGACUUUCAUCAACUGUUUCAACGAAAUCGCUUACAUUAUGAACUGUCCGACCACCACGAUUUUCGACAUUAAAUUGAACUGGUGCGAUUUCACCCGCAAUUUGCCGGGCUGCAACUAAAGAAAUCCGAAUGUUAAUUUAAAAACGACUAGAUUAAUUUUUGUUUUUAAAUUCCCACAACAAAAUAAUUCUUAUUAAUAUCUAAACUUUGUUGUUCACACUUCACAGUCAAAAGUAAAAUUUUCAAUAUUGUUA